AUGAGUUCAGUGCCAGGUAACGUAAAUAGGUCCGAAGAGCAGCGGAAACGUCCCACUUUACAGAAUAUUGCAACCAAAGAGAAACCAAAAGAAAUACACACUCGGAAAUCCGAUGUACUAGAAAUAGCUGUAACAGCGAUGUCUAAGGCCAAUAGAUUAUAUCAGGACGCUAAGUUGCAGCUAGAGCAGUCUGGAAACUUAAAGACUUCCAUAAAAGAGACGGUGGUAAAUAACCUUUCUGAACUCUUUGGAAUCGUAUUACAGUUAAACGAAGAAAGGCAGACUCUACUCCUACAAUUGGAGAAAGCUCGUAUACAACUUAAAGACGAUCUACUUAGGCAAGAAAAACAGUAUGUAGAGAGCCUUAGAGCACUAAUGGAUCAGGGUAGUAUAAGAGAUAUUCAGUCUGCUCUCACCGAAACAGUGAGUGAUAUGAGAACCCUAACGGACUCAUUGAAGCACACGAUGGGCAAUGACACCUUAUUGGAUAAACAUACUUUUAUGGGCAAAUCGGAGGAUACCAGAAGGGAACUGAUGGAAAUAAAAGAAGAAUUAUCAUCCCUAAAAGACCAAAUGGGUGGACUUCGAGAGUCUUUGGUUAUAAGCGAAACAAAUGAACCCACAUAUGCCAGCAUAGCCGGUCGACCUAAGGCCAAAAUAAACAAAAUGGCGGACAAACCAAAGAGAACAGCAACUGGCAGUACAGAUAAACCACCUUCAAUCAAAAGGAAAACUGUGACAAAAGCCAUAAAGGGCUCCGGCCAAGUUCAUACCGAUAUAGACAUAAAGACAGCAGAGUUACCAACUCAGGAAACACAGGGUGAAAAGGUUUUGAACCUCUUGGAAAUAGAGGAAGCCGAAAAACUGCACCACCAGACAGGGUGGAGUGCAGAAAAGGAUGAACAGGGACCGCAGACCUCAGACUUGCUUCACUCUUCACCAAAUCUCGACGAGGCAACAUCAUCAUCUCCUGUGUUAUCAAGGACUGGUGCAAGCCUCUUACGAAUACGCACACAGAUUAAACAGGCGAGGGCUGCAGAAGCCAAAGAAGCCCUAAAAACGUUGUCGGAGACUGAAGACACCGCAGAGUCGGAUAUUGACAGUGGAGACACUAACACGUCCCUCAAUACUUCCACGAGGUCGAUUGGAGGAAACCGGAUGCUCCUUAAUGAUUUGCCCAGACAUGCCAAUGAAGUGCUGCAAAGAACGAAGGCAGAGCUGGAAAAAUCUGGAAAUCUAAAGAGGGAAAUCCGGGAAAGUGUCGUCUCGGGGAUGUAUACAUUAUAUGAAAUGGUCCUCAAAUUGUCUGAUUCGAGAAUUUUACACAUUCUUGAAUCCAGCAAACAAAAACUAAAUGUCUCACGUGAAUCAGAAAGGCUCACACAAAGGCAUGCAAGGUUCAUGCACGAGACUUUAGGACAAUAUGCUAACUUAAAAGAGAACGUAGAAAAGCUUUUGAAAGAAACAGAAUCUACCCGAUCAAUUGUCUCGUAUGACCUUUGUGAGGCGGUAACGGCAACAAAGAAAGAAAUCGUCAAUGUACGUAAAGAAAUCACCCUAGGUUCAUCCAUCUCGAGUCAGAUGCAAUUCUUGAUGGAGGAACUAAAGCAACUUCGGGCGAACACCGACGCCCUUAAGAACCCUACUCGUCAAGAAAUUGACUUAUCUCGCUUCGCCGAAGAGCUGCAGGAACUCCGUCAGGCGGUUAGAGAACUCACCAAAGAUAGGGUAAUCCCGCAGACACAAAGUAGUGAACACAGCCCAGAGAUACCAAACCAAGAGAUGUUAUCGGAAAAACAUCACAAAAAAUUUAUCGAGGAACUUCAGGAUCAUAUCUCAGAAAUCAAAGCACAAAUAACAGCAGAGGUAGCAGAAUUAAGGCACGAAAUCCUGAAGAUAACGAGAGAUGUCAAAGGAAUAACUGACGCCUCAUUCAAUUCUCAGCUACCCUCAGUCCAGGCAAACCUGGAAGAACUGAGAAGAGAGACGAGAGAACUGCGCGACACUACGGUGGAUUCAGCAGCUCCAAUUAGAGUUGCAAUAGAGAGCCUCAGAAAAGAGCUAAAGAACCAACCAGGUGUAAAUGAAGCAGACUUCACUGGUAACAACUCUCAACUAAAAGGGGAUGAUAUAAACGAUUACGAGAAAAGAGAUCAAGCAACAGUAUUCAAGCAUAAAAGCUUCACACAAAUACGAUUAAAGAAGAAUUCGAAAAAGAUUGCGUUAAAGUCUCAGCAGUUCUCCGCUCCGCCACUGCUAAAACCACUUCAUUCAGAUAUUACCCCGAAGGCAAUUCCAAGUUACGCCACAGUUGUUAAGACUACAAAAGUUACUGAGAAACCCCCAAUUCCGAUUACCAAACCAUCUUUAAUAAUUACUUCCAAAAAACCAGUAUCCUCGUCACAAGAGAUCAUCCACGCGUGGAGGAAAAGUGUUCACUUCAAAGAGCUUACCUUCACUCCUGCUGAGGUGAAACCUGUCUCUAAUCAUAAACUUCGCGUUGAGUUCGACAAACAAGAGCAAAGGGACAAGAUUUUAGAAACAAUAAAUCGGCCAGACAGCCUGGUCAGCGCAGAAAUAGCGAAAAAACUCAAGCCUAUGGUCAUACUUAAGGGAAUUUACAAAGACACACCCGUAACUGAGCUUGUUGAUAUCAUCACCAAUCAAAACACUAAAAUAAAAGACCUUAUUAUAUCACCUGAAGACAUCAUAUUUAAAUUUGUGCGCAAUAACAAAAACCAGAAACUCUAUAACGCUGUAUUUAUGGUUGCUCCUCAUAUUUGGAGAGUAAUCAUAGAAAUACAAAAAGUUAAUAUAGACCAUCAACGAGUGCACGUAGAAGACUUUCCGGCAUUCCUUCAGUGUUAUAAGUGCAUGCAAUUUGGACACACCAAAAAGCACUGCACUGAAGGCAAUACAAUCUGUUCCCACUGCUCCUCAAAUACACACACAUACAAAGACUGUCCAGUAAAAAAAGAUAUAAACAAAAUAAACUGCCACAACUGUACAAUACACGCUAAAAAAUACAACUUAAAUUUAAACACUAAGCACAGCACCACGUCCCUAUUCUGCCCUCGUGUUCUCAAACAAAUUGAAACCUGCAAAAAUAAAACCGAUUAUGGAUACUAA